AAAGCCAUCUAAAAUAUUCAAGCACCUCUUCGUCUCGACAAGCCACAACUCCCACCACUCCUCGCUUAGAACGAGACCACUGCCGGUCGCGAGACGCCAGAAACUCAAUUCACGCACCGGACCUAGCUGCGGUACAUAGAAGCAAAUCAGCGUCAAGAAUGGCGACCCGGCGCAUCGUUUCCGCACGCCCGGUCUUCGGCACACAACCUCUACCUCUGCCUCUACCUCAACGAGCCAUAAAAUCGCGGCCGUACUCCUCGUCCUCGUCGAUCUCCACGGUCGAGCUAGCCUACGACCACCACCCUCCCCCGAAGGGAGGCCGCGAACCGCAAGAUGCGCCCAUAAUAUUCAUGCACGGCCUCUUCGGGUCCAAGAAGAACAACAGGAGCGUGUCGAGGGUUCUGGCGCGGGAUCUCGGGCGCCAUGUCUACACCGUCGACCUACGCAACCACGGCGACUCGCCCCACGCGCCAGAGCACACCUACCCCGCCAUGGCCGCCGACGUCUCGCACUUCAUCCGCGCGCGGAACCUGCAAUCGCCCACGCUAAUCGGGCACUCGAUGGGCGCCAAGACAGCCAUGACGCUCGCGCUCUCGUCCCCUUCGCUGGUAGCGGACCUAGUCUCCGUCGACAACGCGCCCGUCGACGCCGUGCUAUCCGGCACCUUCGCGCGGUACGUCGAGGGGAUGCGGCGCAUCGAGGCGGCCGGCGUGCGCGCGCAGUCCGCCGCCGACGCCAUCCUAAAGGAAUACGAGGCCGACCCGGCCAUCCGCGGCUUCCUGCUCGCAAACCUGUACCGGCCGACGCACGCGUCCUCGCCCGAACGGCCGCACCAUCGCUUCCGCGUCCCGCUCGACAUCCUCGGCCGCUCGCUCGGCCACCUCGGCGACUUUCCCUUCAAGGACCCCGGCGCUGCGCGCUUCGAGGGCCCCGCGCUGUUCGUGCGCGGCACCAAGAGCACGUACGUCCCCGACGAGGUCGUGCCGCUCAUCGGCCAGUUCUUCCCGCGCUUCCGCAUGGUCGACGUCGACGCCGGGCAUUGGCUCAUCUCCGAGAAGCCGGACGAUUUCCUGCAAGCUGUUAUCGAAUUCCUCUCGCCGAAGGAGUAACGAGUAACGUUAGUAAGAACGAGCGAGAUAUGCACAGGCGGGAGAAGUACGAGCUAGGGAAAUGUGAAUAAAUUCGUGUGCCAUUGGGUUUGCAUUGCGUUGCGUUGCAUAAAGGGAUAUCAU